GCCCCACCCCGUCGCUGCCUCGCUCGCGCUCCCUUGCCUCGCUCGAUUUUAAUAUUAAAAUCGGCUCCCCCCUCGCCCUCCUUCGCGGGGAAAUGCGGGAAAGUGGAAGGGAAAUUAAAUAGGGAGUGGGGAGGGGGAGCGCGGAAGGAAAGCUCCCCAUAGGAGAGUUAUUUUUGUUUUGGGGGAGGAGAUCCACACUGCGUUUUCCUCUCUGCUGCCUCUUUCCUCCUCCUUCUCCCCCCCCCUCCCGUCCCCUUUACCCCCUCGUCUCCCCGCAUUUGCCGGAGAGGCGAGAGCCGAUCGAGCCGCCUGGAAGCCGAAUGUGAAUAAGCAAAAGGGCGAGGAGGAGGAGGAGAGGGCCUUGGAUUUGUACAAACCACCAUUAAGGGCAGGAAGACGCGCCGCCGCCGCCGCCGCACCGCAGGCUGGAGAGAAGGAGGAAAAUCUACCCAGCCCAGCCCGGAACGCAGAAGGGACUCGCCUUCUUUGCCUGCCCGACGCCGCGGAAAGGUUAGCGGUGACCCUUUCGGGCGCUUUCACCCACUUUGCAAGAAGUGCCUUGGAAGGGGAAGCCGCGAGGCGGAGGAGGAGACCGAGAGAAAACGGGCAAUUUUUAGCAAAAGCAAAAGGAGAAAGAAAAAAAAAAAGGGGGGGGGCAGCCAAAGAAGAGAGACGUUUGCGAGAGCUUCGGUGCCCGGAGUUGGGAGGGUCUGAUUCCCCCCCCUCCCCCCUCCCCUGGCUUUCUGGAGCUUGCUGCUGCCGUCGCCUCGAUCCUGAAGGAUUAUAUGUAAAGUGAAGAAGAAGAAGAAAAAAGACAGAUUUGGCUUUUAUUCUGUUCCCCACCAGCACCACCGGCCGAGGUGGCGUGGAAGCUGGAGAUAUUUAAAGAAAAACCCACCCAGAUUUGGUGGUGGCUGUCCUUGCGGGGUUUGGGGGGGGGGGAGAAGGAGGAAAAGGGAAGCCAAUUUUUUAACCCGUGAUCCUUCCCCCUUCGGGUGGCUGCCGACCUCUCUACGUGCCCUGCCCCCCCCCCAAUUGCCUUCCCCCUCUUUUUGUGUUUGUGUGUGCGCGCUUUUUUUUUAAUUGGGGGGGGGGGAAAUCUGCAUUGCGAGCGGAUCUGGCGGCGGUGUUAGGGGAGAAGGAGGUGAAGGCCCGGCUUGAGCAGUAGCAAAGUCAUCGCUCUCUUCCACCCCCACCCCUUUCCUCGGCCCCCACCCCGUUGUAGGCUCCGGGCUCUCCCAUGUCUUUGGGUAGCGACAGCUGUGCGUGAAAGAAUAAUAUUGAACGGGGGCAAGGAGACUCGCCGCCGCCUCGCCCGCCACCCCCGGUCGCUUCCUGCUUCCCCUCCUUUUCCCCUUCCCCCCUCCCCCUCCAUUUCACCCCCCCCCCAAGAUGGGCUGUUUAGGGAACAGCAAGACUGAGGAUCAGCGCAACGAGGAGAAGGCGCAGCGAGAGGCCAACAAGAAGAUCGAGAAGCAGCUGCAGAAGGACAAGCAGGUCUAUAGGGCCACGCACAGGCUCCUCUUGCUGGGUGCUGGUGAAUCUGGUAAAAGCACAAUUGUCAAGCAAAUGCGAAUCUUGCACGUCAAUGGAUUUAAUGCAGAGGAGAAAAAAAUGAAAAUUCAAGAUAUUAAAAAUAAUAUUAAAGAAGCUAUAGAGACAAUAGUAACAGCGAUGGGAAACCUGGCACCACCAGUUGAACUAGCUAACACAGAGAAUCAGUUUCGAAUUGAUUAUAUAUUAAACUUAGCAAACCAGAUAGAUUUUGACUUCCCACCAGAAUUCUAUGAACACACAAAAACACUUUGGCAAGAUGAAGGUGUGAAAGCGUGCUACGAAAGAUCUAAUGAAUAUCAGUUGAUUGACUGUGCUCAGUAUUUCCUAGACAAGAUUGACAUAGUCAAGCAAAAUGAAUAUACACCUUCUGACCAGGACCUUCUUAGAUGCAGAGUUCUGACAUCAGGAAUAUUUGAAACCAAGUUUCAAGUGGACAAAGUAAAUUUCCAUAUGUUUGAUGUUGGUGGGCAAAGAGAUGAACGUCGAAAAUGGAUCCAGUGUUUCAAUGAUGUAACUGCUAUAAUAUUUGUGGUAGCCAGCAGUAGCUAUAACAUGGUUAUACGAGAAGACAAUCAGACCAACCGGCUUCAAGAAGCAUUAAACCUCUUCAAAAGUAUCUGGAACAACAGGUGGCUACGGACCAUUUCAGUUAUUCUUUUCCUGAACAAACAAGAUUUGCUAGCAGAGAAAGUUUUGGCAGGCAAAUCUAAAAUUGAAGAUUACUUUCCAGAAUUUGCUCGUUACACCACACCAGAAGAUGCAACACCAGAACCUGGCGAGGAUCCUAGAGUUACAAGGGCCAAGUAUUUUAUUAGAGAUGAAUUUCUUAGAAUCAGCACAGCCAGUGGAGAUGGACGGCAUUACUGCUACCCUCACUUCACCUGCGCCGUAGAUACCGAAAACAUUCGGAGAGUUUUCAAUGACUGUCGGGACAUUAUUCAAAGGAUGCAUCUUCGCCAAUAUGAGUUGUUGUGAUGGAGCGCACUUUUUCCUCAUGUUUUGGACUCCUUGUUCCUUACUAAAAAGAAAACAAAAAACUGGCCCACAUAGGGUGGAAGAGAACUAUUGCAGUCUCUCUCUCUGAUUUGCAUCCCUCAGUCUUUUUUCCUUGCUGGACAAAGAGCAGCCUUUCUGUCUCGUUUCACUCCCUUGGAACGGUCGGAAAUAGUCCCCGAAAAAAAAAAAAGGCUAUUUCUGCGGUCAGGGUGAGGUUUCCUCUUUAAACAUGGCCUUUAACGAAACAAAACCCAAACAAUGCAAAACAAAAGAAUUAACGCGGAAAGGUGAAGCACCUGAGAGGAUUUGGGAUUUCAAUUAAAUAUUUAAAAGCAGACAAAAACACACACCAAAAAGAGAGAGAGAGAGAGAGAGAAAGAGGAGGGAGAACUUUAGAUAAUCAUUACUGUUGUGGGCAUGAUCAUUUAUCCCAUGAUUUCAACUCUGUAUCCAUUCACUGCGUCCAACUAAGGAAGGUGCCAAGUUCUAAGGGCAGCCACUUCGGUUUGGGUUUUUUGCCUCUGAAUGUGACUUUGAGUGGAAAUACUGACAUUUCUAUGGCAAACCUAGACAGUAGAAAACCAUCUGCUACCUUCAGAAAAGCGUUGCUGAACCGUGAUGAUCCUGAUUAUCAGGAACAGUGCAAAAUGAACUGCAUUAUAGCCUGUGAUUACAGAAAGAUUUAACCACACACUGUUUUCAGUUUGUCCACUGUCGAUCCUAUCUUUUUAUUUUAUAUAUAUAUAUAUAUAUAUAUAAAAUCUUUAUAUAUAUAUAAAAUCAUCUUCUCCUGUUCCCGUCUUUCCCCUUCUUCUAUUUCCUCUUAUCCUCCUUCCAUGCCUUCUUUUUUCCCCCCACCCCUCCCAGUUUUUAUUUUACUGCUGGAUUAUUAUUCUUGUACAGACUGUAAAAUGUAUUAUUUUGUACAACUUUAUUGAAAAAAAAAUAACUUGUAGAAGAUCUUUGUGCCUUGAUUAUGGCUGUACCUGUGCAAUGAGCUAAGAUGUAAGUAUGUUUGAUUGCGCUGUACAGCUUUGUCAAACCUUUCAGCAGCAUUCGCUCAAGGUAGGGAAAAAUUUAUCUGUAGUUUAGGGAUUUUUUUCUGGUUUAUAAAAGGAGGAAAAAAAUACUGUUUAGUAUAUUAAAAAAAAAGUACAAAUCGUGCAAACUUUAACCACUUUAAAAGUGAGUUCUACAACAAGCGAGCAGAUGUUUCAGCAUCAUGCUUUUUAAUUUUUAGCUUUAAUUCAUUUAAAUCUCUAUCCAAAUGCAAAACAUGGCUUGUUUCUACAUAAACCAAAUUUUGCUACAAAUUAUCAAUGUUAGUCUUUGUCAUUCAUAGUAUUUUUUUUGUGCAAAAAGAUAAAAACAGAACAAAAAAAGAAUAUUAAUAUUAUAGGCACUGCACAGGCCUAGAGGCUGUCUUCAUGCUGGGUCUAACUAAGACUUUUCCACCCAACGCUAACUCCUCUAACAGGCAUAAUGAUAAAAUGUACCUUGCCCCUAGAUCUGGUCACUGAAUUUCAGUUUCAAAUGACAUUUUACUUCUCUUUUAAUAAAGAGAUAACUUAAAACAUUGUUUUAUAUAUUAACUAUAUAAGUAGCUUAAAGUGGAGACGUGUGGAAUUUUUUUUCUUAAACUUGAAUAAUUUAUGCAAAUUAUAUGCUUAGGACAACAUGUGGUACAGUUUUUAAAAAAAGCAAAAAUCACUGUAGCAAUAAGACAGCAUGUAAUUUUAGUAACUAUUACACUGCUUUAUAUUUUAUACUUAGAUGUUUCAUGUCUUUGUGAGCAUAUUACUUUUUCAUGUGUCUAAACCUACCUGUACAAAUUUGUACAAAGUCUAAAAUUACAGCUAUAAUAACACGUCUAGAACAGUGUUAUCCUACUUUCCUCAAGCCCACUUCUUGACCCCUGAAGUAGGGGAACCUGGGUCUUAAUACAGCGAUUAUUUUUUAAAAUUGCCUUUUACACACAUGCUUCUAUUUUCGCAGGGCAUCACCUAAGCUUCCCUGUUAGGAAGGCAUCCCUUUCGGAAACUGUCUUGUCCCCCCAAUUUCUGCUGGUGGCAGGAAGACUUUGUGACAUCCAAGGACUCUACAUAUUCCAGGUUUUUCACAUGGGCAAUUGGAGAAAAUUGAGAAAACGUAUUUCCCUAUCAAUUUUCACUUUUAAUAGACACGAAAUGGUGGUGAUCAUUCCGUUUUUAGUUGAUUAGCACCAUUAGCCAAUACGAGGAUAUAUUUCUUCCUGGUAGAAUAGAAACAAGUGCAAUGUCUUUUACAAAAAAAUCCUUCUUGGUGUUGGCCCUCCAUGCAUAAAUUUGGGGUAAUGGGGCAAUCAAGGGGAAGGAGCAUAUCUUUUCCCGAGUUUUCCUUUCUGGUUUCUGCUACUGCAGUAUCCAAGAUCAACGAAUCACAUCAGAUUUUAAGAGACAGCGUCUAUCUCCUUGGGUAUAGGAGCUGAAGCUGUUGAACAGUUGGCAACAAACAGUUGACUGUAUCUGCCCCAGGGCCUUUGCAUCUCAGCCUGUGUCUGUCUGCUAUUAAGUGGAGUUAAAACAUCAAAUUGUAAUUGUAAAACUCUUUGAAGAGGUACUGCCUUGUGAGCAUUAGGAAUCAGUGGCAAAGUCUGAUCCAGAAAUUCAUUUUUAGUUGGUGCCUGCUGGGGAUUCGGGGGGAAAAGAAAGAAAACCUAUACACUAGCAUUUCUCAACUUCGGCAACAUUAAGCUGUGUGGACUUCAGCUCCCAGAAUUCCUCAACCAGUUGGCUGAGGAAUUAUGGGAGUUGAAGUCUACACAGCUUAAAAGUUGCUGAAGUUGAGAAAUGCACUCAAUGUAUGUAAAUGCACUCUCAGACACAUAUACACAGACUAUGAAAUGUGAGCCUUAAUAAUUAUUAUUUUUUAAACAAAAGCCAAAACUUGUUUAGUGCCAAAAUUAUUUUAUUAUCUCUAAAUCCUAGGGAAGGGAAGAAGAUGAAUAAUAAUUAAAUGAAGUAUUUACAAGGAAUGUAAUGUGUGAUCUAGGAAAAACAAAAUAUUGCCUCAUCUUUAAAAGUAAGGACUCUGGGUGAAUAGAUAAAAGUUUAUGUGAUAAAGUAUAUCUGCAUGUGUGCAUAUGCGCACUUACACACAUCCCAUUAAAAUAUACUUCCUAUGGAGCUUUAUAUGAAUGGAAACAUUUGACAGAUUUUUUAAAAAAAGUUGGGUUGGAGGGAGCAGUUUGGUUUGCACAUGUCUAGAAAGAAAACCAGUGUGUAUGUGUGUGUGUCUUUCUGCCUCUGUUAGCACGUCUCUUGAGUUUGUGCAAUUUGGUGGCCUGGUUAACCGCGAGUCUUAUUUUUAACAUUUUUCUUGUUUUGUUUUUCUUUUCAAUACAAAAAUCCCAUAAAGCUUCAGUGCUUGCUA